AUGGAAGGACACGGCCAUGGUGACACAGCACAGCAGCUGGAAAGAGGUGAAGUUGAAGUGACGGUUCAACUUGAAGCCGGCCUAGCCCAACAGGUCACAAUGGAGGAAUGCGGAAGGGUCUUUGGCCUCUUCGGAGAGGUAGCACAGCUUGACCUCACGCGUCUCCGCGAAACAGGAGCACUGCGUGUCUGUUUCUUUGAAUCCAAAGCAGCCCUGGGGCUACAAGACUACCUGGACACCCACGGAAGCCUUUGGAGGUCGCCACCAACAGUUGCGGACUCCAAUGCCUUCCAUGCCUCCGGAAGUUCCGGCGGUUACGGGUAUUGGGAGCCUGGCCGGAUUUCCAGUCGGCGACCAUCAGACGCACAGGAAGUGAGGAACUACUUGGAAAUUGACGAAGGGCGACUCCUCCGUGGUCAGGAAUCGCGCUGUUCGUUGAUGAUUGGACAAGUGCCAAAAAACUGUGAUUCCAUCUUCGUGCUGGAGAAGCUGCGCGAGCUCGAACUGUUGCACAGACUGCGCUUCUUUUACAUGCCCAUUGACAAGAGUCGAAAGCGGCAUUUUGGAUAUGUCUUCUUAGAGGUGUCCACACCUCAGGACGUCAUCGCUCUCUUACGACUUCUACCGCGCUUGGGUGAGUUGUUGGGCACAUCGCGGUCGAACCGGCAGCUACACUUGCAUUUCGCACGGAUUCAGGCGCUGCCCUGA